AUGAAUCCGCUAUCACAUGAUGAGAUGGAGCGCUUUCAGAAGCUGUCCAACACCUAUGAACCCGACGUCCAGGGACCCCUAGUCUCCAAUAAACAGUCCAGUCACAGCAUUGCCUUGGAUUACUCGAAUGCAGAUUCGACUCUAGCUACAAAAACAAAUGCGCUUGCCGUCACCCACCCAGAGUGUCGCAUUAUGAAAGGCGAUGGGAACUGCGGGUGGAGAGCUGUGGCAUUUGGUUAUUUCGAGACCCUUUUCGCCCUCCGAGAUACGAUUCGGAUCGAGGCGGAAAUUCAGAGGAUGAAGUCCCUUACUGCACUGUUAGAACAGGUCGGACUUUCGGACUCGAUCUAUGAGAUCUUUGUCGAUACCACCGAAGAUGUCCUCAACCAAACGCAUGCGGCUAUCCUCGGCGGCGCACAAGAUGAGUCUUUUCUUGUUGAAACGUUUAAUGAGGGCUACACCUCCGAGGCGAUCAUCACUCACUUCCGGCUUUUGACUAGUGCCUGGCUGAAGAUCAAUUCAAGUCGCUAUCAAGCUUUCCUUAAUAUGCCGCUGGAGUCGUACUGUGCCACGCGGAUCGACCCAGUAAAGACCGAAAUCGACGAGAUUGGCCUUCAGGCUUUGGUCGACUGCGUCAUUGACGGAUCUGGCUUCGGCGUCGAAAUCCUAUACCUCGACCGAAGUCAAGGCGAUGUUGUGACACCUCACCAACUGUCCUCGAACCGCCCCAACGACGCAACGAUUCGCCUCCUGUACCGACCAGGCCACUAUGAUAUCCUUUACCCAGCCAACAACCAUCUAAACAUGGCCCCCAUCGUCAAUCUCCAAUACGAAAUGACAUCCGACUACUCCCCUUGGGACCAAUCCGCACUCGGAUUCGAUGUCAACUCAAGCCUGAUGGCCAUUCCCAAUCUGAUGCAGGACCCAUCGUUCGGCAUGGGCGCCCCCAUGUCGCCUAUGCCAUCUGUCUCGCCAACACCCGCCAGUCCAUUCCGCAUGUCCCCACAACAGGACGUCUACUCACCGCCCAUGCAUUCAUCACCCAUGCACUCAUCGCCCAUGCAAACCCACGCAAUCCCGUCGAUCCCCAUCUCCUCUCCACCGGCACAACUCGCGCCUCCCUCCGCCGCCCCGCCGCCGAUGACCUCGCUGCCGAGUCGAUCGUCGGAGGGCCCACAGAUCCGCCUGAAUCCCCUCGUAAUGAAACCGAAUUUGAGCCGGUCCCUGCCAGUCUCGCCUCCUUUCAAAAAGUGA